UCAAACCAGGAUCAACACAAGUCCGAGCGGAGAAGGACUAAACCGGAGAACCAGCCACAGCCAGUUCACAUCAGAGGGAGAUUUGGCCGCACUGCGGGCUGCUUUGUGAAGUUAUUGUUCCGCUUCACCGGUGUUGACGGAGCUCGUAUAAGUUUGGAAGGAAACACAUAAAACAAAACACGACCGGAGAGCCCCACUUCUCGGGGUUGAAAGCUCCUCCUCCCCUUUCGUCCGCCAUAGCCAGCUGGCUAAAGAGCAAAACAAUAAAAAUGGAGAACCUGCACCCCCACUGCCUUAAAUGCAUCAACAGGAGAUGCAUGGUAAGGCCCGAGACGGGGGUUUCUUGCGACCUCAUGGGCUGCCCCCUUGUCUGUGGGGCAGUUUUUCACUCGUGCAAACUAGAGGAGCACCGCCUGCUGUGCCCGUAUGAACGGCUGCCCUGCCUAAACAGCGGGUUUGGCUGCCCCUUCACUAUUGCAAGGAUUAAGAUGGCGCAACAUCUUGAGACGUGCCCUGCAAGUAUAGUGUGUUGCACUAUGGAGUGGAACCGCUGGCCAGUGAGUUAUGCUGAUCACAAGUCCUAUGAAAACUUGAGUAAAGACUUUGACGAGGUGGAGCAGCUAGACAUGGCGUUGGCUCUGCAGGAUCAGAGGAUGCUGUUGGAGUCCCUGAAGGUCACAACCACUGUGUCGAAGAAUGGAGAUAAAGAAGGAGACGAAAAUGACAAAAUGGCCACGGCGUCGAGUUUACCUGAGACACUGUUGGGUAAUGGAGCUGUGGAGAUGGAGGACGAGCCCUACAACGAGCUGUAUAGGACUUCAAUGGAGACGAGCAGAAGUUUAGCUGCUGCCUUGGACAUCCUCUCCAAUGCCAAGGAUAUUGAUGUCAUUGUUGGAAACCUAAAUGGUGAAAAGACUGAUAGGAAUGGGGCUCUCCAUAAUGGAGAGAAUGGCGAUAGUCAUAGUGUCUAUGUCGCGGAGGGCGGAAAGAAUGUCGACAUGAAAGAAAGUGACUCUGAUUCAGAUUGCGAGCUCGGCGCUGUAGGUGGAGUCGUGUGCACCGUAGGAACAGAUAGAGAAGAGGAUGGUAUUAACUGGGUCGAAGAAAAUGAUUUUUUUGAGUUGUUUUUUGAAGAGAAGGAAGACGUCAUAGAGGAACCUAUAAAUGAUUCCGACCUCUGGCCAGAGAUGCCUCAGAAUUAUUUGCCAGUUGUAGCACUAGAGCCUCCUGUGCCUCAACAAGUGCAACUCGCGCCCCCAAUGCCAUUCCUGCUGCCUGAUCACGUGAGAAAUAACUUCUUGCAACACUUACCCACUGAACUCAGGUAUAGGUGUUUGGAGCGUAAGCUGCAGAGUGUAGAUGCGCUUAGAGGAAUAAGUAUGUUUACAUUUAACGGACGACGGGCCCUGCUCUCUGACCCUUACUUGAUUCGAGCCAAGAUGGAAGACAAGGCAGUCGACACGUCCGACCUGGAGGUAGCAGACGACCCCAUGGGCCUUCAUGGUAUUGAUCUCAUAACUGCGGCGCUGCUGUUUUGCCUCGGGGAUUCUCCAGGAGGAAGAGGAAUCUCGGACAGCAGGUUUGUUGAUGGCUACCACAUUGACUUUGGUACGCAGACAUUCUCCUUCCCUUCAGCCAUUCUUGCAACCAACACCAUGGUGGGGGAUAUCGCCUCAGCCUCGGCCUGUGACCACGCCAGCCCACAGCUUUCCAACCCUAGCCCCUUCCACACCCUCAGGUUGGACCUAGUGCUCGAAUGCGUGGCGCGAUACCAAACCAAACAGCGCUCCAUGUUCACGUUCGUGUGCGGCCAACUGUUUCGACGGGACGAGUUCUCGUCUCAUUUCAAAAACGUUCACGGAGACAUCCACGCUGGACUCAACGGCUGGAUGGAGCAGCGCUGCCCAUUGGCCUACUACGGCUGCACCUACUCCCAGAGACGAUUCUGCCCGUCCGUGCAGGGCUUCCGGAUCAUCCACGACAGGCACCUCGGCUCUUUCGGGGUGCAGCCCGGUUUGCCGUUGAAGCACGGGGACAGUCUGCCCAGAAAGACCCGCCGCUUCGGCUCUCAGGGCGAUCAGUUCAGUAGUCUUCCAUUUGAAAUUUUGCAACACGUAGCAAGUUUUCUCGACAGCUUUAGCUUGUGCCAGCUGUCCAGAGUGUCCCGCACCAUGAGGGAAGUGUGCGCCAGCUUGCUGCAGAUGCGCGGCAUGGUGGUCCUGCUGUGGGAGAAGAAACGUAACGCGGACGGGUCGCCUUCAUGGCAGAUCACAGACAAGGUGUGGCGAUUCAGCACAGCCUUCGGUACAGUGAAUGAGUGGAAGUUUGCAAACAUUGCCAGCAUGGCCGACCACCUCAAGAGCUGCAAGUUCAACACAAUUUCCCGUCGGGAGGAGGCCAUCCCUCUGCCGUGCAUGUGUUUCACCAGGGAGCUCACGAAGGAAGGGAGGUGUUUACGCUCAGUUCUCAAGCCAGUAGCUUAAGGGAUGAGGGUGUCUUUAGGAUAUUUCUGUGACCAUCAGAACUCAAAUGCCCUCCAGUGUUUACAGAUCUUAAGGCCUCAAAAGUAAAAACUCCUGGUUGAACAUUAUUAACUGUUGGCUUCCUGGUGGAAAGACUCUUCGGCUCCAUAAACAAAACCAGUUAGUCCGGAGGUUUAUAUUUCAGCAUUCACAGAUCAGGACUGUAAACAAGCAAACUGAAGCCUUUUAUCUUCCACAGUGAUGGAUUUACUCUCACCAGUGUACUGAAUUUGUACCCACGUCUACUCGGACAUUGUGUAAUAUAAUGUAUUGAUGUAGAAGUUUUUUUAUUUUUAUAACAAAAAGUCAAUACUGUGCUACGUUUGUGGUGAGAGCACAGCCUUAACUUAAGAUACACUUGAUAUUCUAGCCGUGAGGUUGUCGCGACAUCUCUAUGAGGUUUCUCGGGCCGCUUCUAGUUGGAAGAGUUUACUGGUAUCUUUUACAGCUCCUUCUUUUUACCCAGAGUGACCAUGUGUAUUCUUCUUAGAGCUCCUAGAUUUCAUGGAUUUCACAUCUGCAUUUUUUAACACUGACCAAACACCUGUGCUAGCCGUGUGUGCACAGUGUAUGCCAUUUUUACAAAUCGUGUCACUGUGGGUGUUUAUUUCUGCUCGCCAGCACAUGUCGACAUCAUCAUGUGUUGCAGCAGCAUCAAAGGUGGUCCAUAUCCUCCUCUUUUCUUCUCUCACGUCUGACUAACAGGCUGGCGUGUUAGUCAAGAGUGAGACAUGAAGCAACACUAAUCAUCAGCCAAAUGGCAAUACUUUUUUUUUUUUUUUUUUUUAAAGCCGUGGUUGGGUUGUGGUCUCUUUUCUACCAGCUACUUUGACGAAGAAACCAGCAAUUUUUUUCUUAGUUGUGUUCUAAAAAUAAAACAAUCUAAAUGUAGCAAGUGAAAUAAUGAAUGUAUUCAGUGCUUACAUGCGUGACUGUGAGCAGGAAGUUUUGUUUCCUUCUCCUCCGUGUCAGACCUCAUGUAACCCUGCAGGCCAGGUUGUUUAGGAAACAUAACCGCCACACACUUCCCUCCAGCAAUGAGCAUCACUAAUUAUGUUCAUUAUGUAUCACGGUUUCUUGUUUUUUUUUGUGGCACUACAUGCCCGCUGUGUUCAGAUGGCGUUUGUGUCUCAGGGUUGCAGCGUGAAGCUUUGUCCACAGUAGAUCGAAUGACAUGACAACUUUUCAGCUACUUGAUUAUCGUGAGGAUCUUAGAACAGACUCAGUAUUAAUAUAAUGGUGUGUGUGUUGCAGUGCCGGAGUAACAUGUUUGUCAUCCAUCAGUGUUCACGACUAAAAUAGGCUGUCGGAUAAGCUGCUUUUUAAACGUUCAGAGUGACCGGGCUUCAUAUUCUUAGUUUGGAUUAAGAAACAAAAAUAUAUAUAUAUAUAUAUAUAUAAUACUCAAACUUGCAUUUUGUUGUGUUAUGUGAGAAAAGGUUUUUAAUGAAAAUUAGUUUUAAAAAUGUGAAUUUGAAUAUUCCUUUUUGAAAAAUAGUGUGUUUUUGUUGUUUUUUUUAAUGUUUUUUUUUUUUCCGAGUUGGUCGUAAAUCCCCAGCUCUGUCAAACUAAGCUGUCUUUUUACUCUAAUGCAUCCCAUCCUGUAUUUGGUCUGUUUGUUAUUUUUGUACUGGUACUUUAAUUUUUAAAAGGUAAAAAAAAAAAUCUGCCUGUUAGGUCUGGAUGUGACUGAUUGUUUUGCACACAAAGGCAUGUACUGUAAAGUUGAAAUCCUAAAGCUGAGGGUUGGUCUUUUACUCUAGUGCAUGUGAGUUUGAUGUCUUUGGAAGCUGUAUCUUUCUCUCCAGUUGCAGACGGUUUAUUACUCAGGCAGUGUGCACUGAUUUUACUUCAUUUUCAUAAAACGUGUUAUUUUUAUUUUAUUUUUUUUAUUAGACAUGCUCAGUCUUCCUGUGUAAACCCGUAGGGGACUGGGCAUUAAAUCACUCAGUUAUGGUUCAUACAAUCGGUUUCAUGUGCAGAUCACCUGUUUUGUUUUUAGCACCUGGAAUGUAUCAGUAUUUGACGUUUUAUUUUCACUCCUACUGAAGUGCGUGGAUUUUUGUUUGUUUUUUUUUUUUCACCACAGUAUGCCAGCUUCAUUUGUUUGACUUUUGAAGCGUUUUAAUAAAGACACUCUCAGUUUUUAAA